ACGAACGAGAAACUUUUUUCUUCUUGUGUAAAACCUUUACUCCUUGUACAUGCGAAAUUUAAAAUUUAGAUGCUGCAUAAAGGCAAUUUAGAACAAAGUUGUAGCUUCCAAACAGUUUUAGAAAAUAAAUCAUUCCACCGAGGAAACUUGACAUUCACUGUGCGUCAGCGACUUGGAUAGCAUGGGACUUUCCACAGGAGAUGCUUGCAUACAACAGCUUCAAUGGGUUUUCAUAUGAAGUCCAUCAAUGGCUGAAAACACCAUUCGGUUUGGACUGAUGAAGGAACUCUGCUGUAGGUGACUGAUGAUGAAAGGAGACUCUUGUGGGAUGUAUGAUAUUUUGAAAGUGAUUCCCAAUGACUCAAACAAAGCAUCUGUGGCUGCUUUGCAGUUUAUGGCAGGUAGUUUUGUUGACCUGUGACCAACGUUCACAUCCUGUUGAGGUUGAAGUUGCAUUUGAGUCCUUCCCCUCCAACUCAGAGGCAGACAGCUACACAGCCACCUGCACGCCUGCAGGUAGCCUGUUGAUCUUCUCAAAACACAUUGAUCGCUCAGCAUGCUCUCCUGACUGCAGGAUACGAUUGCAUACGAGUGACGACCAGAGGGGGUACAGUAUCGUGCUGAAAGCAAGAAGGAAUGACUCAGUGCUGGAGACAAAGACCUUUCACUUCAUUCCAGUAUCCCCUUCCUCUUUUUGUGCAUCCAGCACCACCUCUACUGCCCAGCUGAAAUGGGAAUCACUUCACAGACAGCAGAGCAUUUCCACCGUGACUCUAUACAAUAUGCACACCCAGUCUGUCACUGGAAUCUAUAGCAGAAGCUCUUCGGCAAUCCAGUCCAAGUUCACAAUAGAAAAUCUCCAGCCUGGCACACAUUACAUGGUUGAAGUCAUGGUGGCCAUUUUCCUCCCUCAACCUGGCAUCACACUAACGCAGAAACUCAGGAUUUUUGUGGAAACAGAUCAGUGUCCAGACGGCUGGUUGGCCAAUGGGAGGAGUUGCUACACUGUGAGGAGAUCAGGUUUGAGUUGGAGUGAUGCGAUGAGCAGCUGCACACACCUGGUGGGGGGAAGCCACCUGGCCGACUUGAAGACCACGGAAGAUCUGCUGUUUGUAUCUUCUUACCUCCAGAGCGACAACCACCUGCUGCUGCUGUGGACAGGACUUAAUGACCAACAGGAGGAAGGCCUCCCACUCUGGUCUGAUGGCUCGCCAUAUAAUCAGACAAACACUAUGACUCUGCUGCCAGCCAAUCAGACGGACUGUUUUGCUUUUCAGAGGAAUGCUACGGGACCAGGCUACUUCCUGACUCCUUUCUUCUGUGACUUCACUUUGCCAUUCAUCUGCCAAUACCAGACUCCUUCAACUCCUGCAUCAUUUUCAUUCGACCUGGCUCAGGUGACAGACCAGCACGUAGAGCUUCGAUGGAGUGACCUUUCACCCCUGCGCUCUACUCAUUCUUCAUCUUUUGAGAUAUUCCUCCAGUAUAGAGAAAGUGAAAAUGCCCUUUCGUGUCACGGUGAAGAAGAUGGAUGCAAGGAGUCAGAGGGGAGAAACGGGAGGAAAACCCAGUCGAGUUUCAGAAAAACAGUCAAAGUUCCGAUUCUUCACUCCUCCAGAGAGGUAACUGUGACAGGUUUGUCCCCGGGGAGCAUUUACUUUUUCACCCUUCGGGUCUCCCACCAUGCUGGCCUCAGCUGGAUCUUGGGACAAACACAGACCGCAUACAUGAGACCGCUUCCUCCUCAAAACAUCUCUGUUGGAUCAAUAACAGCUAGUCAGAUUACUUUACACUGGAUGCUGCCAGACACUCGAUGCACGGCUGGAUGGGCAUUGGCUGUACACUGUGAAGAUGUGUCCUUGCGACAGGAGAGAGCAGUUAGCAACAUCUCCAGGGUCUUUAGGACCAACAGGAAGUGGUUCUACACAGCUAUAAUCGGAGGACUUGACGCCUACACGAGAUACAGAAUUCAAGUCUUCACAAUUGCACAGUUUGGAAUAUGGAGCUGCGGUCAGGCACCUCUAACUGUGCGGACUGCGGUAAAGCCUCCUGCUGACCUGGUGACGUUUAGCAAGAAUGACAGCCUGUCAGCUUGCUGGACAGUUCCGCCAAGCGAUCCUCCAGAUGCAUAUUACGUGACAACUCAAUCGUUUAAUAGUCCUGCUGCUUCUUCGCUGUGGAUAAACGACUCCAGCACUGAUGGACUCGGAAAAGAUGAAUCCAUUUGUGUUAAUUUGGGCACAUUUACUCCUAGUCACACAUAUGAAGUAGCAGUCGUUGCCAUGAGGGGAAAUGACAGAAGCGAGAGGUCCAUUACUGUCUACACCACAGCUCCAAUGCCUGUGCAGGUGGCAGUCCCUCUAACUGUGGGGACAAACUACACACAGCUGUAUGUUCAGCCUCCACGGGUGGGUCUGAUUGAUGGGGUCAAAGUGUGUUCGUGUCUUGGCGUUUGCAACAGGACAUGUAAGGAAUUGUGUGACCACACUUGUGACUGGCAUUCCCUCCCAGCUGGCAUUUUCAUUGCAACCAUCAGCAGCCUUACUCCAGGAUCACAGUACCAGCUCAGUGUGUACAGCACUGUGAAAGAGAGAGUGGGGCCACCGUUCUACACCCGUCCUAUUAAAACAAGUCUGGUUCCACCCAGCAGAGUGAGGGAAGGAGUGGUGACGGACACAUCCAUAGAGCUGCUUUGGGAUCCAGCACCAGGAAAGGGUCAGAGCUACGAGGUCAUCUGCCACAACUGUGGCCAGGCACUCAAGGUGCAGAAGGUAUUCAGUCAGAGUGCAGUGUUUUCUGGUCUGACACCAGGUUCACUCUAUCACUUUGCUGUACGGGCAGAGAAGGAGUCCUUCGCUGACAGUUCACCAGUCUCAAUCAAUAUCACUGCAGGUGUACAGCAAAGCCCAAAAUUACAUAUACGUCUGGCAGAUUCUGGCUUAAAGUAA